GAUGCCUUUUUAUCUUUCUAUAUCAUAUAAUCUAUAUAAAACAUAAACUACUCUUGUUUUAUUUAUGUUACAAUUAUUUGCACCAAAUAUAGUAAUUCAUUGAAAUAAUGUCAAGAAAUGCCAUUUAUUUUUGUAUCUUAUUCCCAUGUGAAUAUAUGAGAUAGUCAUCAGGUAUUACUCGCGCUGAUCUGAAAAUCAAGUACAACUCUAAUUUAGUUUUCUAUUUUCUUAAUUAGUAUAAAUAUUCUCACAAUGAAAUCUCAACCAAAAUGUAAAAUUUGCAUUGAGUAUAAAUAAGUUUUUUUUUUUGCAUAGUAGAAUGAAUCAUUUCUGAAUUCGCUUAUUAAAACAGAUUUAUGUUAAUUAGUAAACCCUAACUUUAAUGGAUGUAUGAAAAGUUAAAACAAUGAUAUGCAAAGUACGAUUUUGUAGCUGGUGCACUGAAAAAGAAAAAACUUUUCUUACCACUAAAUCUAGAGAGAGUGCUAUCAUUUUCAAUUUUGAAAAAAGCUAGCCUAACUAUUACUGUUUUUCCGCUGAAAAAGUCUUUAAAAGGUUGAUCAAAAAAAAAAAAAAAAAAAGAAUCUUUACCGUAUAAAGUACAGAAAUAAAAUGUUGACAAGAAAAAAAAUAGAAGAACGCUAAUUUAAAUAUCUUUAGUCAUUUCAGAGCAAUGCAAAAAUAAAAAAACUUCGAUUGAUAUCACAGGUAGUCAAAUAUAUAACUUUGUGUUUUAUAAUUUCAUUACAUAUAUUUAUUUUCUUUUACGAUUGAAUCAUCUUGUGGUCCACAACCUUUUCUUCAAAUUAACAAACUCAAACUAUUCAAAACCUAAAGACAAAUUUUAUUUUGCUUCAAAAACCAAAGAUAGUCAUUUUCUUCUUCACCACUCUCCAUCUCUCUCUCUUCUUCACAACCAAACAUGGCUUCUCCACUCUCACUCCCCCUCAUCCUCUCCAUCUUCCUCUUCCUUUCUCCUUCACUAUCUUACUCAUCAGAGCUCGACAUUCUCCUCGACAUCAAAUCCUCUCUUGACCCACAAAAACGCUUCCUCACGUCAUGGACUCCCAACGCCGACCCUUGCUCCCCCGGCUCCUUCGACGGUGUUGCUUGCGACGGAAACCGCCGCGUUGCUAACAUAUCUCUCCAAGGAAUGGGUCUAACCGGAACUAUCCCUCCUUCCAUCGGUCUUCUCACUAGCUUAACCGGUUUAUACCUUCAUUUCAACUCCUUGACCGGUCAGAUUCCUAAAGACAUCUCAAACCUGCCUCUCCUCACCGAUUUAUACCUCAACGUUAACAAUCUCUCCGGCGAAAUACCUCCUCAGAUCGGAAACUUAGACAAUCUUCAAGUGCUUCAGCUAUGUUACAACAAGUUAAGUGGGAGUAUACCGACACAGUUAGGUUCUCUCAAAAAGAUAACUGUCUUGGCUUUACAGUACAACCAACUCUCCGGCGCUGUGCCUGCGAGUUUAGGCGAUGUUGGUACGCUGACUAGGCUAGAUUUGAGCUUCAACGAUCUCUUUGGUCCUGUGCCGGUGAAACUCGCUGCUGCUCCUUCGCUUCAAGUUCUAGACAUUCGCAACAACUCCUUCUCCGGCUUCGUUCCCUCUGCUUUGAAGAGGCUAAACAAUGGGUUCCAGUACUCAAACAACCACGGUUUAUGCGGAGAUGGGUUCACAGAUUUAAAACCUUGCACCGGUUCCAACGUACCGAACCUAAACCGUCCCGACCCAACAAACCCAAAGAGUUUCAUAACAACCAACGAUGUGAAACCAGAGUCUGCAGUAGUACAACGAAGCAACUGCACUAACAACAACAACGGCGCGUGCUCAUCAAAAGCCUCAAAGUCCUCAUCUCUAGGCAUCGUCAUGGGACUAUUAGGAUCAAUACUCGCGGUUGCAGUCUUCGGUGGCUCAACGUUCACAUGGUACAGAAGAAGGAAACAGAGGAUAGGAAGCAGUCUCGAUGCUAUAGACGGUAGGGUAAGCACCGAGUACAACUUCAAAGAAGCUUCUAGAAGAAAAAGCUCUUCUCCGUUGAUCAGCUUAGAGUACGCCAACGGUUGGGAUCCCUUAGGGAGAGGACAGAACAGUGGUAACAACAGUGCAUUGUCUCAAGAAGUCUUUGAGAGCUUUAUGUUCAAUCUCGAGGAGAUUGAGAGAGCUACUCAGAGCUUCUCCGAAGUUAAUCUGUUGGGGAAGAGUAACGUAUCUUCGGUUUAUAAAGGGAUCCUUAGAGAUGGCUCUGUUGCAGCCAUCAAAUGUAUCGCAAAAUCGAGCUGUAAAUCAGAUGAAACCGAGUUUCUCAAAGGGUUGAAGAUGUUGACGUUGCUGAAGCAUGAGAACUUAGUGAGGCUGAGAGGCUUUUGCUGCUCUAAAGGGAGAGGAGAGUGUUUCCUUAUCUACGAGUUUGUCCCUAAUGGUAAUCUUUUGCAGUAUCUUGAUGUCAAGGAUGAGAGUGGAGAGGUUCUUGAAUGGACUAGUCGAGUCUCCAUCAUAAAUGGAAUCGCCAGAGGCAUUGUUUACUUGCAUGGAGAGAAUGGAAAGAAACCUGCAAUAGUUCACCAGAAUCUAUCAGCAGAGAAGAUUCUCAUUGAUCAUUGGUACAAUCCCUCUCUUGCUGAUUCCGCUCUUCACAAGCUUUUCACGGAUGAUAUCGUCUUCUCGAAGCUCAAAGCGAGUGCUGCGAUGGGAUACUUAGCUCCUGAGUACAUAACUACAGGAAGGUUCACUGACAAGAGCGACGUCUACGCCUUUGGUAUGAUUCUGCUGCAGAUACUUAGUGGUAAAAGCAGAAUCAGCCAUUUGAUGAUCUUACAAGCUGUAGAGUCUGGACGACUGAACGAAGACUUCAUAGAUCCGAAUCUUCGAAAGAGCUUUCCGGAGGCAGAGGCGGAGCAGCUGGCUAGACUUGGACUUCUCUGCACUCAUGAAUCCUCGAACCAGAGACCAUCCAUGGAAGAUGUUAUGCAAGAACUGAAUAAACUCGCCGCGAGUUAUUAGUUUCCAGUUAACAAGAUUUUUUGCUUAGUCUCACCAAAAGUUUACAGACGAUCACCACUUCCUGAUCGAUCGUAGCUCUGUUUAGGUUCCCCCAUGAUGUAACCUCUUUUCUCCUUGUAACUGUAGCUGAUGUACUUAGGCUGUAAAACAAGAGCUUUUAAGACAUUUUGAAUGGUCUUGUGGGAAGCUUUUAAGACAACUAUGUUGAACAUUGUUUUGUAUUCUUCU